AACACACUGACAGCGAUGACGUCACGAAGGUCAUUCUGCACCACUGAACCCCCCAGCCACCUGGUGCUCGUAACCACACGUUCUCUAAAUAACCGGCGAUGUGUUGCCAGACGCUGUGAAUAUCCAAAAGGCAAUUCGGGCUUUUGACGCGAUUUGCAGUUGGGCCUGCUUGAAACGAAGAAGGAGGUGGGGAAGACGUUUGGAGGCAGACGUCGGGACCGACUCUAUCGGGCUAGUGAUAGUGAUCGGGGCGCGAUCGAUGACGCGGCGGCUAAAUGCGCCCUCUGGUUGGUGGAUGGCCGCAGUUUCAGUUUCAGCGGGUGCUGUUCUGCCAGCUCUAGUGCAACGCUCUUUCAAUGACGUCCAGGUACGUGGAAUUAGCCCAUGCGAAAACCACAAAUGCAACGAAAAGGCUUAUCCCCCGAGCUACUCGCUGACAAGGUGGUUCUGAUAAGUUAUCUAUUAUGUACACGCCUGACGCCCACUUUCUGCGUUCCACCUGCCACACGAGGAAGGAUACGCACUAAUGUAAAAUAUACCUAGAAAUUGCAAGAAGCCUGAUGCAGGGCGUGGGCAAUAUUUCGUCGCCCUAUCCUUCUUCUCUUCGCAACAACGCAAGCCCUUCUCCUCGCUCCUCCCUCUUCCCACCGCCCCUCAUUCACUCCGUAAACCUUCUCCCUUCACGCCGGCCUCCUCCUCCUCACCCCCACCAUCCUUUCCCCUCACGUCGUCCAUCCUUAGCCCCAAGUCGUAGCCCACUAUGGCCAUGGACUACGACCGCUACGACGCUUUCCUCCACCACAUCUUCAAGCAGACUCAAGGCGAUGCCUGGUUUCGUCCCAACGAGGACAACCUGUCGGCCGGUGUCGCCCUGAGGGUGGAUAAUGGCCCAGAGUUUCGCGUCUUCCCGUACGAGAACCUGAACUUGGAGCCGUUUGAAGCCGCCGUGUCUGCUCUCAAUCCUGCCGUUGCGGUAAAGGUUCGCAGUGCCGCUGUUCAUGCUGCAUUUGCUGAAGUGGCGCCAGAUGAGCACUCGAUCUACGUCGACUCUAACACGCGUAUUCAGAUCCUCGAAACCAUGAUGGAUCUUCCUACUGCCGAUAAAGAGCAGUGUGCCGCUUUCAUCCGCGAUGAACGAGUGAUGGUCAUCUGGUCCGACUCAAUUGACACCAUCAUUCCCACCAGCCGCGACUUCGAGGAACGACUCAUCAAGCUUCUCUGGCGUUCACGUCCCGGAGCAGGUGGAUUUGGGAGUCAUCCGACUAGUAUGAGUAGUCAUCCUGCCAGUGCUGCUGGUAGCGUUAGCGGACACUCCACGACGAACCUCAAUGGUCGUGUGUCUAUGGGUGCGAAUGUGAAUUCGCAGAGUGGACAUGGUCAUGCUCCGGGGAAUGCGACCCCUACUUUCCCUUCGCAUUCGAGGAGGAAUAGUGCAUACCCGCUGCCUGGGACACCCCGAGGUGUCAAGGGUAUGAGUUUGGAAGACCUCACUGGCGACCUCGAGAAAGCCGAUCUUGGCGUCGAAGAAAAGUCUGUAGGUGGAAAGAAGACAAAGACCAAGAGGACUUGGUGGGGCAAGAAAAGGACAGUUAUCAUUGAGGAGGAUCCGUAUGGCGAGGGUGAGCCUGAGCCCAGACCUGCUAUGCUUUAUGCCCCCAUAUAUAAUGGGUUGGCCGCGGGUUUGAGUAUCUUCUUCAUUGGGAAUGGUAUCAACACGAUCCUUGUCGAAUGGCAACUCGACCAGAACUUUACGCGAUUCGCGUUGUUCGCGGUCUUGCCCCUUCUGUUUUGCGUUGCUCUCUUCUUCUGUAUACAGAUCAUCCAAAACGUGUCCAUGGUCAUUGGUCCGAUUGCUCACUACCAUGAGAACAGCAAGUAUUACUCUGCGGUGAAGCCUCGUCCGAAUAAGGUUGUCGACAAUAACCUGCCGCAUGUGACGAUCCAGAUGCCGGUCUACAAGGAGAGUUUGGACAAUGUCUUGACACCCUCGAUUGAUAGUUUGAAGAAGGCCAUGCAGACAUAUGCUCGCCAGGGUGGAACGUCCAGCAUUUUCAUCAACGACGACGGUCUUCGAGUACUUCCCAUCGCCGAACGCGACGCUCGAAUCGCUUUCUACGCCAACCACGGUAUCGGCUGGGUCGCGCGUCCGAAACACGAUGACAACCCCGGAGGCUUCGUACGAGCAGGUCGGUUUAAGAAAGCAUCCAACAUGAAUUACGGACUUGCGCUCUCACUCAAAGUUGAAAAACACCUUGCGGAGUUGCAAGACCAGGCGAAGCGCAAACAGGAAGAACGGAACAGUCUCGCUGCAUCUUCUUCGGAUCAACAUGGACCUUCUUCGGCUGAGAGGGCACAGAUGCAGAGGGAACGUGAGGCAAGGUAUGGAAUGCAGUAUCAGAAUCAUGAUGGAGAGGAUCAGGGUGUUAUGGAGAUUCCUGUGGAUGAGAACCCUAAUGCUCCCGAGGCCAGUGGGAAUGUAGUUAGUCCCACUGGGGCUCACGCAGGAUAUGAGUGGGAGGACUUGGAGGAGAAGGCGUUGCAGAUGGCUAUUGAUGAAGUUUACGAAAGUGGAGGACAGAAAUUUAGGCCUUGGGCUGCGAAUGGACGGGCGAUUCGGAUGGGUGAGAUUGUGCUUUUGGUGGAUUCGGAUACCAUUGUGCCUGAAGAUUGUUUGCGAGAUGCUGCACGGGAGAUGGCCGAGUGUCCUACGGUGGCUAUCAUCCAGCACGAGUCUGACGUCAUGCAGGUUGCACACCAUUACUUCGAGAACGGUAUUGCCUACUUCACUCGUCGUAUCAACAAGUGUAUCUCGUUUGCUUGCGCAAACGGUGAAGUUGCUCCUUUCGUCGGUCACAACGCCUUCCUUCGAUGGAAAGCCAUCCAAGAUGCUGCCUUUGUCGACAAGGACGGUCAAGAGAAGAUCUGGUCCGAGUCCAACGUAUCCGAAGACUUCGACAUGGCGCUUCGUCUUCAAAUGCGCGGGUUCAUCAUCCGUUGGGCUACUUACUCUCUUGGUGCCUUCAAGGAGGGUGUGUCCCUUACCGUUGACGAUGAACUCAAUCGUUGGCAGAAGUAUGCCUAUGGGUGUAGUGAGCUACUGUUCAACCCGUUCGUUCAGUGGUUCAAGAAGGGCCCUAUCGCGCAUCAGAUCCAUAAGUUCAUGUGGAGCAAUGCACCAUUGCAUUACAAGAUCUCGAUGUUGGCGUAUAUGUUCUCCUACUAUGGUAUCGCUGGCUCGAUCACGAUCUCUAUCAUCAACUAUGUCUUGCUUGGCUUCCAGUUCCCUGUUGACGGUUUCUAUAUCCACUCUUUCGAGAUCUGGCUAGCUACGACUGUCGUCUUCUUCGGCUCGGGUAACGUUGGAUUUACUCUUCUUGAGUAUCGUUUGGGAGAAAAGUCCAUCAUUAGGUCGUUCCUCGAGAACCUCUUGUGGAUUCCCUUCUUCUUCUUCUUCUUUGGUGGUCUGGCUAUUCCCGUCAGCCAAGCCAUCCUUGCACACAUGUUCUCGUAUAACAUUACGUGGGGUGCAACGAAGAAAGAAGUCGAACGUUCGAAUUUCUUCAAGGAGGUCCCGAAGAUCUUCAAGCGAUUCUGGUUCCCACUGCUCGUGUCAUCCAUUCUCGUCGUCGGCAUCAUCAUUGUUGCUACACCGCUCGUUCCCGUAGAAUGGCGGAUAGGCUCAGAUGGUUGGGCCGUUAUCUUCCCACUUGCACUUUCUGCAGGCUGCCACAUUCUCUUCCCCAUUAUCUUAAACCCAUGGCUCAUGAUUUUCUCAUACUGAUCAGUCCACGGAUAUCACCAUGCAUCCUCUUUAUACCACAUUCCGUCCUAUUCAAUUCCUGAUAGGACAUGGACUCGUAGAUUAUUUCCCGUGCCCCGGACACUCUGCUUGCUACCUAAGCCGCUUGCGGCUUUUCACUCAUUCAUACAUGCCAUUCAUUUUAGAGAAUGCAGCCACUGACCCGACUCUUGCUUCUUGCUUCUUGCAUUCCUACCCUCCAUACCUACAGACUUGACAAUACCUACACUCCUAUUAACAUUCAUCAUAGACUCUUUGACGUGUUCUUCCUGCUCUUUUUACUUGUUCUGAUGGUUGUGUAUCAUAUACCACAUUUUGCGACUUUCUAACGUACGAUAUUUCUUUCACGGACAAGCACUUACGAUUAUGCCUUUUUGUCGCAAUGCAUUUUUAGGCUUUUGUAGUUACCCUCUGUUGUUGCAGUGAUAAUGGCGUACAUACCUGGUUUUAAAUUCGAGUCGUGACUCGUGCGCCUUUGCGAAUACCCUUCUCCGUUGUGCAUGCUUGAGGUACGACAAAGUCUAUGAGUC